CUCAAUCGUUUAUGUGAAUGUGAACCGUGUGCACAAUUGUUGACAGCUGAUCAGGAAAUAGACAGUGAACAUUACUAUUUAGGCUUUGGAGUGAACGUUUUGGAUUAUUUAGUGUUUCGUUCGUAAAAAACAAGUGCGACUAUGUCAAUUUUGACUUUGGAAGCUAAGUUAGAGCGCCAGGAUCCAUCGACACCAUGGGGAUUUCGUUUGCAGGGCGGAAAAGAUUUUAGCAGCCCAUUAACAAUUGCACGAGUUAACCCAGGAAGUCUGGCGGCCAAGUGUGGAUUGCAGCAAGGGGACAUAAUUCUUAAAAUCGGUAGUAAGUCAAGUGACACGCUAAAACACAAGGAUGCCCAGGAUGCCAUCAUAUCUUAUGGAAAUAAAUUAGACCUUUUACUCCAGAGAAUAAGAGAAAAGAAGAAGACACAAAAUGGAUUUGGGUAUGACUACAUAGCCGCCAUGAGGGGAGGCGGGCCUACUGCACAGAGCUAUGACAAGUUCUCCACACCCACCAUAGGCUCCUACCAGAGUCCUGCUGCGCCGGCUGGGGGACAGGCCAACCAGGCCUACAAUUCAGCCCCAAAGCCGUUCAACUCUACUACGCCCAGUAAGCCUGCGCCCUUCAGCCCUGCAUUGGUUGAGAGUAAGCCUGUGCCCUACAUCCAGCCUGUGGUGGAAAUUAAGCCUGCGCCCUACAUGCCUCCUGCAGUUGACAGCAUCACCUCUAAGACUGCAAACAUCAACCUGAGUCAACCGAGCUACUCCAAGUAUGAAGAGGCAGAUGACCGUGGCAACGUGAGUCACCAGUCACGCUCCUUCAAGUACCUGCAGGACACCCUGGAAAGUGGCCAGGAACCCCCUGCAGCCCUUCGUCCGACGGUAGAUUUACGGCGAAGCCCGUCGCCAAAUGCCACGGUCAAAAAACAGUUUAAUGCCCCUGGAGGCCUGUAUUCCACUGAGAACAAACAAAAACAGCAGCAGCUAAUAGCUGGGCCUGAAAAGAAGUCAGAGGGGAACAGCGAUACGGAACAAGAGGAGAUCAAGUUUGAUGCCUCAGGGAAACGUGUGUAUCUCCCGUCCGAAACUUUUAAGCUUAUACAUGAACAAGAACAUCCGGACGAGAACAAAUUGGAUGAAAAACCAGUUGAAGUUAAACAAACUCGAACUAUAAGAGUUUUAGAAAAACAAUUGGGUGAGGGGCCUCCACCUGCUCCUGCCCCUCCCAAGGCACCUGCAGCUCCUAAGCCUGGUGUCUGGGCCCCUGGUCAGGGUGGUCCAGCAGCACCUGCAGCUCCCGUGUCCAAGCCCUUCACACCCGCAAUGGCACCCAAGACAGCCCCUUCCCAGCCAGCGCACUCCACUGCUGCCCCGCCCAAACCAACGGGCAUGGGUGCGAUACGGGGUAGGAUGGGAGACGCUGUCAUAAAGACGGGGGAUGCUGGUAGAGUGCCUGUGUGUGCUUCGUGUGGCGGACCCAUCAGAGGCCCCUUCGUGACUGCUAUGGGAAAGAGUUGGUGCCCGGAUCACUUCAUCUGCGCCAACCCUCGCUGCGGUAACAAGCUGGUUGACAUGGGUUUCGUUGAGGAGGGAGGCUUCCUCUACUGCGAGAAGGACUAUGAGCUCUACUUCGCCCCGCACUGCUUCAAGUGUGAUGCCGCUAUCAUUGGGGAGUGUGUGAAUGCACUGAACAAGCAGUACCACCCUGCGUGCUUCCUGUGCUACCACUGCAAGCAGCCCAUUGGGGGCACACAGUUCCAUCUGGAGGAUGGCAACCCCUACUGCGAGAAUGAUUGGCGCCAGCUGUACCAAACGAUGUGCACGUCCUGCAACUUCCCCAUUGAGCCCGGAGACAAGUGGGUGGAGGCCAUGAGCAACAACUACCACUCUGAGUGCUUCAACUGCUCGAGCUGCCAAGUGAAUCUAGAAGGGCAGGCAUUUUAUGCAAAGGCGGGAAAGCCCUUUUGCAAAAAGCAUGCUCGAUAAACUGCUACACGAGCCAAAUAGAGGGAGUAACCAGUUUAGUUCUUUUAACCACUGUCACCUUAGUUUGUAAGCCUGUUGCAGUGAAAUAUUCUCUUGUAUUGCAAUGUUCAUUGUUAGAUGUUCACUUGCCAAUAAUAUUUUAAGAAAAUCAAAGGAGACAAUUUCUGAAGCUAGUGUCUAUGCUAUAUAACGAUGUGUUAUGAUUGUUUGAUGGAUCUUUUUAGAGGGUUAUUUAUGGUUUUGUUAUGAGAAAAGAUCAUGGAUGUUAUGGGAAGUUGCAGCGAUGUUGUCUGUAAAACGGCUAGGAUUAGAGAAUAGUUUGAAUGUUUAAAUCUGAGUGUUUUAAUAAUACAUUUGUACAUAUCAGAGCCAAAUAAUUUGUACAAUUCAGGAUCAUGGUUUGCCACGUAGUUAUAUAAAACAUUUAAAGUGCCUGAGUACACACUUCUUGCAAAAAUGUUUUGUUUUAAAUGGCAUGAAUGUUUACAUUUAUUCUUUAAGAGUAUCGGAGCUUUAUUAAUAGUAUCUCUCAUAAAUAUCUUUUAAAAGCUUGUGUAUUUCCUGUAAAGACAUUUUGUAGUAUUUCUCUAUUUCCAAUCAUGGAAGGAUAGAGCUGUAUGCAUUUACAUAUGUGUUCAAAUUGGAAUAUAAUGUACAAUGCUAGUUGAAAUUUACUCAUGUAUUCAUGUACACAUUCAUUGUAGUAAUAUAUUAUGAAAUAGCAUAAUGUUUGUACUAUAUUUUGAAUUAAUUGUUACUAUGCCCAGCAUUGUAAAAUAAGUAACAUGAGUGGCAUUCUGGGAACCAGGUUUAAUGCAUGUGCGUAAAAUAUCAGCCCAGCUCGGCUGAUCAGAUGCAGUUUACAGACUUCUUUAAAAGCAUAAAUUAAAAGAAGCAGAAAGCUGUAUUAUGCCUUGUUUUCCCAGAGCCCUGAGCAUUCCUGUAAACGUUAACAUUUUUUCCAAAAUGAUCAUAAACAAAAACUUUUUAAGAAUGACAAUAGUGUAAAGAAAUAAAAGAAUUGUAACUUUUAUCGAAAGAAAUAUGGUUCAGUUAUUGUCAUUCUAUGGGAAUAUGCUGAGACUCAUCCCAAUAUAAUGAAUACUUCUAUGAAGACUUUUAGCCCAAUUUAAUACUGGACAAUGAAGUCCACACUUUUAUUUGAUGUUGUGUAUAUUUUUACUUGUAUUUAUUUGUAGCCAUGUUAACCUGUGCUUUUUGAGCAAAUGGGACUGGGGUAAACUGAAAUGUGUAUCAUGGGAGUUGCUUGUGUACAAAAACUGCAUUUCAGGCAAAAUUGUUUGUAUCUUGUUAUGGACGCUUGGCAAAAUUAUCUUGUUUAGAUCCAGGCUUUGAUAGAUAGUUGUUUUAUACCUGUUCAUAGUGCCUUUCUUGCAAGUUUGUUACAAAUGUGCUGUAUGUGUUAAAUGUAUACAAGAAUCUAUCUGAUGUUGCUGUUUUGUAUAUUAUUUGAAUUUCACCAGUUGUAUGUCGGACUGUUUUUAUGCCAUAUUAUUUAAAAUGUGGAGCUAUUUUCCUAGCAGCUUACUUUUGUAUCAUCCUUGUUGUAUAUACCGGUACAUUUCUUAUGAUCAGAAAAAGGACAAACAUUAUUAUACAGGAUAUAUUGAUUCUUAGUGCCAACAAUGUACUUUCAAUUUGUAUACGUCUUAAAUGUUAAUUAAUUAUUAAGAUUGAGCCUGUUUGCGAAAAGAUUUUUACAGUGUUGAAUAAAAAGAUUAUUUUUUUUGGUGAUACAAAAUUAAAAGCCUAAAAUUUCUUGAUAUACUGUCCACAUAUCAGAUUUGUUGUGCCUUACAUUCUGUUUUUACCUCAUAAAUUGGGAAUGCUGUGUAUAAUUCAGUUUUGUUUCCACAUUCUUGUUUUUUGAAUUAACGUUUGCAGUAAUUAUGCCUGGAAUUAAUUGACAAAAAUUUACAAUUUCUAACCAUUUAUGUCUUUAAUAUAAAAACAAAUGUCUUCUCAAUACAAUUUUUGUCUAUUCAAUGGCUAAUACUCCUUUUUGAUUUUUUUUCUGUAUAGACAAUAGGCAAAUCUUCUAUAUAUUGAUAAAUAUUCAUUGAUGUUCACUGCUUUGCUCCUUUAUUAAAAUAUUGUAUGUCCUUUUAUCCAAUCUUUUUAAAAUAUCUAUGCAUGGUUUCAUUCUACAAUACGACUGAACCUUUUUUUGCUGCUGUUUUGUUGCCUGUUGACUUGUAUGCAGUAGCAUAUAGAAUGCUGGUAAUGACUGAAUGUUCCAAUAUUGUGACUACACUCCCAUCUCAAUAGUUACCUUGGAUUGAUGUAAUACCAAUAAAGUGUAUGAAAAAAGUCA